AUGGAGGAGAUCACAUCUUGUGGUUUCCAAGAGGAGAAAGAAGAUACCACCUCUUGUGGUCUAUUGAGCAAAGGAAAAUGGGAGAUCACCUCUUGUGAUCUCGGGAGCAAAGAGAAAGAAAAGGUGCUUCCAAAGCACCAAUCUACUACCUCAAAGAAGGAUGCAAGGGUGAGAAAAGAGACCUUGGCCCUUAUCUCUAUGGGGUGCCCAAUGAAAAAGGGUGACCCCAGAGCUUUCGUAGAUCCAUGUUCUAUCAAUGACAUGGAAUUCUAUAAAGCUUUGGUCGGUCUUAGAGCCUCUAUUAAUCUCAUGCCGUUGAGUGUGUUUGAAAGAUUGAAUUUGUCAUAUUUGAGUCCAACUAGACUCACACUCCAUUUAGCCGAUGGGACCAUCCGGUAUCCCAAAGGUUUGGAGGAGGACGUGUUAGUCAAAGUUGGGGAAUUCAUUGUGCCCGUAGAUUUUAUAGUUUGUGAAAUGGGAAGAGAUGAACCCUUUGGUUCAUUGAUCUUGGGUAGGCCAUUUUUUGCCACUUCCCGUGCCUUGAUAGAUGUGGGCACGGGAGAAAUUACACUCCGGUUUGAUGGUGAAAAGGCUAAGACCGAAAAGGUCAAUAUUUUGAAAGAAGGGAAAAGUGCUUCAAAAGAUAUGGUCAAGGUGAAAACUAAAACCAAGCCUAAAUGGGAAAUUGAGAAAUUGGUUUGGAAGAACACUUGGACCCCCAAGUGCUUCCAACCAAUGGUGAAUGAUAAAGAUUGA